AUGUUUUCGUAUACUUUUAUCAUUGUAUUAUUGUCUAAAACAGUUUUUUCGCAAAUGAACGGUGAAUUUUGGUGGCUGCAUGAGAAGUUCGCAAAGUUACAACAGGUCGAAGCACCUCAACCACAAUUUGACAAUGUAAACGAAUUCGAUACAGAUGAAAGUGCAAAAAUAAUUUUUAAAAAUAAUGAAUUAUCUCCCAGAGAAGAACGUAAUCUUAAUGAAGAUGAAAAAAUAUUUCUUAAUGAGGGUGCGAAGCUAUCAACUAUUUACUUUCGAGAUCAAAUGGAAUUAUCCAAGCUCGCUAAUAUAGAGAAAAAUCCUGAAGUUCGUGAUGGAGACGAAUUAGUAUUUGUGUUCCCGGAAAGUAAUGAAAUUGUUUGGCAAGACAAUAAAAAAGAUGUUAAAAAUUCCUUGCCUCCUAAAAAUGAGUUCUAUAAAAACAAUAGCAUCACGACACCAAAAACAACCAUUAUUAACAAAAUACGAUUUCAACAAGAACCUAUACAAUCUGAAUCAGAAAGUAUAUGUACUUUUAUUACACAGCAAGAUUGUAUGUAUAAAAACGGAAUCAUUCAUCCUUCAGGGUGCAGUAUAUCUAACACUCAAAAAAUUUGUUGCGUGUUUCCACUGAAACCAAACGUCAUUUCAUCUACGAAACUAAAACAAUCUAAAAAAAAAUACGACUUCAAUAUACGAUAUAAGCGUUCAGACCCCAACGAGAAAUUUAAUACAGCUUUGAAACAAAGAAAUAGAUUAUUGGAGAGAAAUCAUAAUUUACAGAUACAAUCCUCGAAACUAACGGCUACAACUGUACGCUCUAAGCCUACUCACAAAAUUGUAACACCUGAGUACGUCGACCCAUACUGGAAUAUAAAAAAUAUAAAGUUCAGAAAUCCUGGAUCUCAAAGUAAUACAAAUGCUGAUUACCAAAAUACUAAAUAUGACUAUAGCGAUCAAGAUUAUGUAGAAGAUUAUGCUGUUGAAUUACCUAAACCGGGACUCGUCGGUCUUUAUUCAGAUCACGAUGAAUCACAAGGACAAACAAGUUGGAACUACGGGGUUUACUAUGGAGAUACGAAGGAAGUAAGCGAAGAAGAAAAUAAUGCCCCAUUUGGAUAUUCAACUUUCGACCCAAGGCUAGGUAACCGUGCAUCCACUCAAAGCCCCAAACCUAUAAGACGUAAACCACAACGAUUAACGACAGCACAAAGAAAUGACGAUGUUAUGAAAAAUUCUGGGAGUCAAACAAUUAGUUUCCAUUCUACGCCAGAUUUUCAUGUUUUACAAGGCUUUAAACUAAUUAACUUAGCAUCAAGUAAGAAUAAUUUUGUAAGAAAAACAGAAAGGUUUUACGACAGUGGUGAAGACAGUUCAUGUGACACCUCAGCGCUAGUUGAGGAGGAUUAUUUAGACGGUAUAGAUCUUGAUCAACAAGUUUAUAAACAAUGUGGAAAAGUUCCCAAAAAACCAGGAAAAGACGCUGUGCAAGGUGGGAGUGAUCCUUGGUUGGCUUUGGUCGUCUUAACAAAGAGUAUGCAAAGUAUUCUUUGCUAUGCUACUAUAGUGCACCCUCGAGCAGCAAUAACUGCUGCAGAUUGUGUUCAUGGAAAAGCACCUGGCGAUAUCACCAUUAUCAGUGGCGUUUGGGACUUAACGGCAGAAAAAGAAAGUUCCCAAAAUAGAAUGGCCACAGUAUAUCUCCAUUCGCAGUUUAAGCCUGGUGAUCUCGCUGACGAUCUUGCUCUAUUGCACUGGAAACGGCCAUUGACUAUAAACAAAAAUGCUCAGCCGGCUUGCCUCGCAGACCCUCAUAUAGGGGAUGAUUGCUACUUUGUCGGUUGGAGUGGAUACGAUCAAGCAUUACAACAACAUCCGCGCUGCCAGCAAGCAACUGUACUCACACCCCGGAGUUGUAACGAAAAAUUGUCGGCGCCAGACGUAGAUUUACCUGCCGGCGCUUUCUGUGCAUCCGUUGAAACUCGCGGGACAGUGACGGGCAUAGGAGGCCCACUGUUGUGUAAAAUUGGUGAUCGAGUAUCAGUAGUAGGCGUAGCGGUCUAUCGAGAGAACGUCGUAGUACUACUACCAGUUUUUGACUGGGUGAGCACAGCACUACGGGAGCUUCGUAUUAAUUAAUUAUGUUACCUAUUUUUGUGUAAACGUGUUUUUUUUUAAUAUACUUUUUUUACGUUU